CCGUAUCCUUACUGGCGUGGUCCAGAAGAUGAAGAUACGCAACAUUGUCAUCCGCCGCGACUACCUGCAUUACCUUCCCAAGUACAACCGUUUCGAGAAGAGGCAUAGGAAUAUGUCAGUCCAUCUGUCACUGUGCUUCAGAGACGUGGAACUCGGAGACAUCUUCACGAUCGGCGAGUGCAGACCUCUGUCCAAAACUGUGAGGUUCAACGUGCUGAAGGUCACGAAGGGCAAGGCGGGCUUCAAGAAAUCCUUCAGAAAGUUUUAAAUUAAAGUUACUUAUUAAGUAAAA